AUGGCUAUACAUUUCACGCUAUUGCUUUCGAGGCAGGGAAAGGUGAGAUUAUCGAAAUGGUACCACACCAGCUCUCAAAAAGAAAAGGCCAUUAUCACCAGGGAGUUGACUACCUUGAUUUUGUCAAGAAGAGCAAAAAUGUGCAACAUUCUUGAGUACAAAGAUAUGAAAAUCAUUUAUCGCCGUUAUGCAUCAUUAUUCUUCAUCAUGGGCAUUGAUUCCCUGGACAACGGCUUGUUAGCAUUAGAGAUCAUUCAUAGAUACGUGGAACAAAUGGACAAGCUCUACGGCAACGUCUGUGAACUCGAUAUCAUUUUUGGUUUUGCAAAAGCCUAUCAUAUACUCGACGAGCUAAUCUUAGACGGUCACAUUGCUGAAUCGUCAAAGAAAGAGGUGGUGAAGAAGGUCACUCAGCAAGAUGAGUUGGAGCAUAUGGACGAGUUUGAGAAUAUACUAGUAUAA